GUACGCCGCCAACUUGAACGGUAGAACGGGAAUCCGGUUCUACUCACAAACAGCCGCCGCUGCUCCGUUCGGGGUAUUCCACGAAAAAUUACAAGUUUCCUUUGGAAGGUUUGAGAGCGAGGAAAGAGGCCGCUUUGAAGGCGUGUUCAUGGGAAGUCACGGUACCUCUGAAGUAUUACAAGUUGGAGAGAACCAGUCACUCAAGCCGCAAGCAACUGCGAGUGCCAUUGCAAGUCAUCCGGAACAUAUAGGCAUUGUAAACAAAUUCCGAUUCAACUGGGAUUUUGACUAUGACUGGUAUAAACCAUGGCAAUGGCCUAUCUUCAAUAACCCUCACAUCCGCAUAGGAAAACUAACGGUGUUCACUGGAGAAACGCAAAGAAGUGUGGAUCUCUGCGGAACCGAUGACGUCAUUACAUCAGGGGAAUGGGUGGAUUUCAGUCCAUGCUGAUAGACGGCUGUGUCACAUCAAACUGAUCGGCUAUCGUAGAUGCUAACAACAGGACUUCAUAAUGGAAAGGAUCAUAGUGUUUGUAUGUUAAUUCUGUAAAUGACAGAAUUGGCACACACGGUGCUGCGCAACGAACGCAGCGCACGAGGUCUCGUUGCCUGUAAUAGCGCCGUUUAUAUUGUUUAAGAUUGGCCCAAAAAUUACCAGCACUGUUUAGGUUGGCAAAAGUGGCGUAGUUAUGGAGGGGG